AUGCUUAUUACAUUUGAGGUAUUUCGAGGUGGCGAGCAUGACUGGCAAUUGCAUUUGAAUGCGCUGACUUCUACAUUGAGCCAGCUCACAACACAAGAUAUCUUCGCGCCAGGACACUGUCGUGAUGACUCUCAACAGGACCAAAUACACAAUCAUCUCCAGUUCACGAAAAACAAAGACCGUGACGGCCUACAAUUUCUCAUCACUGCGGCCCUAUGGUUUGACAUCCUCUCGUGUGUCUCAACCGGCAAGGUACCAGCGCUCCCUUAUCGUCAAUGGCUCAGUAUUCCUGGAUUAGACACAGCGGCUGUCAUGGGUUGCCAAAACUGGAUCAUGGCAUUGAUUGGUGAUUUAGCCAACCUGAAACAAUGGAAGGACAACAGUAUAAAAACUGGAUUGCUUAGUACUCGCGACCUAGCAGUCAAGGGCCAACGAAUUGAGAGUGCCCUCGAAAAUGGUAUCAAACAAUUGGACAUUAAUGAAAAGGGUUUUAUAGAUAAAGAUAUGAAUGCCUUGUGGGUAUCUCGUAUGUUUGCUCUCGCAGCACUAGUACUGUUACAUACCAUCAUAUCUGGACCUCUGCCGAAGCUUCCAGAGAUACGAAGUGCUGUUUCAAGAACUAUUGCAACACUUCGUACCCGCCCAAAGUCUUGUCCUGCGAAUGGUAUUGUGUGGGCAAUAUGUGUCACAGGAUGUAUGGCACCGCCAACGGUACAACAAUCUUUUGAAAGCUGCAUGAAAGAAAUGUUAGCCGAUCACGGUAAGUUUGGGAAUUGUUCUACAGUUCUCAGGGUAAUGAGGAAGUGCUGGGAACUCCAGCAACACGGCGUCGCCGAUUGCAAAACAGCCAUGGUGGAAAUGGGCAUUUGUGCUCUUUUAAUUUAG